GACCAGAGGGGAGGCGCAUCGCCGGAGACCCGCUCAAACCCUCUCCUGACACAGACAGACGGACGGACGGAGGCAGGAGGCAUAUGCUGAAGCAAACAGUUGUGCGCUCGCUCUCCGAUGUGAGCCGAUUUCAGAAGAAAAAAAACGCAACUUUUUGGUUGCAAGACCCGCGGAGUUCAAUUCCAAGACGGUGGAUCCGUUUGUUUUCUUCUGUUAUGCGAGUGGAUUUUCUUUGGAAGGAAUAACGUUUUUAUUUGAAUACAAACGAUAAUUAUUUGAUAUUUUUUUUAGCCCGUUAUAUCGAGCUGCAGUGAACCCCGGAAGAGUUGAUAAGGACAGUCAGGAUGUCCCAUAUCUCCGUCAACGACCACCUGGAGGGGAUCUUAUCAGACUUCGAAGCUUUAAAAAGAUCCUUCGACGUCGACGAUGUGGACGAGCUCCCUCCCUUCUCCCCCUCCUCCCCCGUUCCCUCCCCCCUCUCCUCCACCUCCCUCCUCAACAAGACCAACGAGGGUCGAGGGUUCCCCACCUCCAACCACGGCUCCCCUGCCUUCCGUUCCCGGAUCAGCCUUGGUACCAACCCCAGCCCUGCCCAGAGCCCUGUGUUCAAGUCCCGCAUGGUCUCCAGUCUCUCCUUCAACAGAGCCAUGAACAGACCCGCCAUCAACAACAAUGGAGGGAGCUCCGGAGGCAUCACCAGGGCCUCUUCCUUCCAGAACAAGUUCAACCCUAAGGGUUUCUCCUCCUCUCUCUCUGGCCCAGGCAGUGAUAAUGAUAGUCUCCAUAGCUCCUCUUCUAGUCUGGAGUAUUCCAUCCAGGGAGGUGGAGGAGAAGGAGGAGGAGGGGUACCUCCAGGCAAGCCAGGGUCUCUGUCCUACUCCACUAGCCCACAGAUGGAGCAGCGUCCUGGGCAGCAGCGUGGCGUGGGCCUGGGGAUGGGGAAGAAGUUCUCUUCCCAUGGGAGUGUGUUUCACUCUGAGCUAGAGGGGCCUAUGGGGCUGGGAGCUCCAGAGCCCAGGGGGGUCAGCCACGGAUCCAUGCCCAGUCUGGACCUCCAGAUCGGGGAAGGAGGAGGCGGGGUGCGGGGGGCUGGAGGUGGAGGGGUGAGGUAUGGCAACGCCAAUGUGGGUUUGAAUGGCGGAUCCCAGCGGCAUUAUAACACCAGUCCCUUUGGGAAGGAAGGAUGCUACUCUCCCAAUCAGAACCACAACAGCUACCAGGCCCCGCCCAAACCCAAAGAGACCCAGCGUCUCAACAAGUUCCCCCUGGAUCUAGACAGUCUGGUGGGGGUGAAGACGCCCCAGCCCAGCCCCCAUCCUUCCCCCUCGUCUGACCCCCCUAAACCUCCACCCAGAGCACACUAUCCCAGCAGCCUCUCUGUCUCAGCUAGCCCAUCCCUCAGCAGUCUGGACAGCUCCGGUGGUGACCUCACUCCUCUUCCCGCCGCCAAACACCACGUCUCCUACAACAACAUCAACCCCUCCCUCCCCCGCUCUCCCCCACCUACCUCCCCCCCGGGGGCCAAGCCUGUCCCUAAGGUGAGCCAGUCCCCUGUCCCCCUGUCCCCCGCCCAGACCCCCCAGCUCAACCUGCUCUCCCCCAGACCUCAGGUAGGACACCUGGCCCCCUCCACCCCCCUGCCACUGGAGCACACCCAGCCACAGGAAAUGAUGUCAGAGAGAGAAAGCGUGGGUUCCAUCCUGCAGAGGAUCGCUUCCUUCUCCCGUCCCGACGCCAUGACGACCACCAGGGUUCCAAGCACCGCCAGUGUUCUGAGCGGGGUUGCCCUUAGCAACGGGGUGAAGAAGGAGAGCCCACCACCGAUGAUGAUGAUGCAUCAGGAGCGUGUUUCAUCACCUCUACCUGUGGCGGUCCAGAGACAGGGGCUAAAGAGAGUGCAAGGUAAGCAUUUUAAAAUUACAGUUACGGACCCAAUGCUCUUAACCGCCAGGUUACCUGCCGACCACGUAGUUCAUUAACUAACGAUUUCAUAGGAAUGUUCCCAUGGUGUGCAAGGAAUGUUUGCAAGAGACCGUUCCCUAAAUGUCAAAUAGAACUGACCCAGAACUUAAGAUUCUAAAUGUUCCAGACACAUCUCCAUUAUGAUGUAUAUCUCCUUAAAGCAGACUGGAACACAUCUCCAUUAUGAUGUAUAUCUCCUUAAAGCAGACUGGAACACAUCUCCAUUAUGAUGUAUAUCUCCUUAAAUCAGACUGGAACACAUCUCCAUUAUGAUGUAUAUCUCCUUAAAGCAGACUGGAACACAUCUCCAUUAUGAUGUAUAUCUCCUUAAAGCAGACUAGAACACAUCUCCAUUAUGAUGUAUAUCUCCUUAAAGCAGACUGGAACACAUCUCCAUUAUGAUGUAUAUCUCCUUAAAGCAGACUGGAACACAUCUCCAUUAUGAUGUAUAUCUCCUUAAAGCAGACUGGAACACAUCUCCAUUAUGAUGUAUAUCUCCUUAAAGCAGACUGGAACACAUCUCCAUUAUGAUGUAUAUCUCCUUAAAGCAGACUGGAACACAUCUCCAUUAUGAUGUAUAUCUCCUUAAAGCAGACUGGAACACAUCUCCAUUAUGAUGUAUAUCUCCUUAAAGCAGACUGGAACACAUCUCCAUUAUGAUGUAUAUCUCCUUAAAGCAGACUGGAACACAUCUCCAUUGUGAUGUAUAUCUCCUUAAUGCAGACUGGAACACAUCUCCAUCCAUGAAUUCUCAUUUGAGGACUGUAUUGUAGAUUGGAGGUCCAGGUCUUGUUGUGUUGUACUCGUGUCAUUCUAUAAGGACCAGGUCUUGUUGUGUUGUACUCGUGUCAUACUAUGAGGUCCAGGUCUUGUUGUGUUGUACUCGUGUCAUACUAUGAGGUCCAGGUCUUGUUGUGUUGUACUCGUGUCAUACUAUGAGGUCCAGGUCUUGUUGUGUUGUACUCGUGUCAUACUAUAAGGACCAGGUCUUGUUGUGUUGUACUCAUGUCAUACUAUGAGGACCAGGUCUUGUUGUGUUGUACUCGUGUCAUACUAUAAGGACCAGGUCUUGUUGUGUUGUACUCAUGUCAAACUAUGAGGUCCAGAUCUUGUUGUGUUGUACUCGUGUCAUACUAUGAGGUACAGGUCUUGUUGUGUUGUACUCGUGUCAUACUACGAGGUCCAGAUCUUGUUGUGUUGUACUCGUGUCAUACUAUAAGGACCAGGUCUUGUUGUGUUGUACUCGUGUCAUACUACAAGGUCCAGGUCUUGUUGUGUUGUACUCGUGUCAUACUAUAAGGUCCAGGUCUUGUUGUGUUGUACUCGUGUCAUACUAUGAGGUCCAGAUCUUGUUGUGUUGUACUGGUGUCAUACUAUAAUAAGGUCCAGGUCUUGUUGUGUUGUACACGUGUCAGACUAUAAGGUCCAGGUCUUGUUGUGUUGUACUCGUGUCAUACUAUUAGGUCCAGGUCUUGUUGUGUUGUACUCGUGUCAUACUAUAAGGACCAGGUCUUGUUGUGUUGUACUCAUGUCAUACUAUGAGGUCCAGGUCUUGUUGUGUUGUACUCGUGUCAUACUAUAAGGACCAGGUCUUAAUGUGUUGUACUCGUGUCAUAAUAUGAGGUCCAGGUCUUGUUGUGUUGUACUCGUGUCAUACUAUGAGGCCCGGGUCUUGUUGUGUUGUACUCGUGUCAUACUAUGAGGUCCAGAUCUUGUUGUGUUGUACUCGUGUCAUACUAUAAAGACCAGGUCUUGUUGUGUUGUACUCGUGUCAUACUAUGAGGUCCAGAUCUUGUUAUGUUGUACUCGUGUCAUACUAUAAGGACCAGGUCUUGUUGUGUUGUACUCGUGUCAUACUAUGAGGUCCAGGUCUUGUUGUGUUGUACUCGUGUCAUACUAUGAGGUCCAGAUCUUGUUGUGUUGUACUCGUGUCAUACUAUAAGGACCAGGUCUUGUUGUGUUGUACUCGUGUCAUACUAUGAGGUCCAGGUCUUGUUGUGUUGUACUUGUGUCAUACUAUGAGGACCAGGUCUCAAUGGCACAGGAGGUAGUGCUCUGUCCUGUAUGUGUAGAGUUACUGGUUCAUGUCCCUCUCAGCUGGUCCGUCUCCAUCACUAGUAUCUGUUGUUGGCCCAGAGGACACAGAACACAGCUGGACGGUCAGUGGUGCUGCUAAUAGUCUGGAAACUCUGAGCCAAAUCAAAACAGGCUCCGUCUGGAAAGUAUGUGGCAGCUCCAAUACACCCACUACAUAACAUGAUGAUUCUGAUAGAACACUGUCGGGUUCCGCCGGACUGCUGGUUCUGGUCUCACCCACUACAUAACAUGAUGAUUCUGAUAGAACACUGUCGGGUUCCGCCGGACUGAUGGUUCUGCUCUCACCCACUACAUAACAUGGAUGAUUCUGAUAGAACACUGUCGGGUUCCGCCGGACUGCUGGUUCUGCUCUCACUAAUACACAGUGGUCACAGCCUCCCCUCAUGGAACAACAACAUCCUCUGUUUAGACAGACCAUCAUGUUGAAGAGUCCUUUUCCACAUGGAACAUGAUAUCUCUCCUCUUCCCCCCCUUUUUCCUCUCCUCUUCCUCCCCUCUCUUCUCUCCUCUGUUUCCCCUCUCUCCUCUCCUC